GUGGUAAGGCAAUACUUUCUAUUUCAAUGCUAUGGUUACAUCAACCGGCCGUCCUAGGCCCAAUUGCGAAUCUUUCACUUUUGGGCGCGCUAUAAAAACCAGCGGACAGAUGGCAACCGUUCGCAUUGCUUAAAAGAGAUCCGGCCAGGUAGCCACGGCCAUUAACAAGAUGUGGAUAUUCCUAGUGAUUUGCAGUAUUCAGCUGAUUUGCGCCUCGGAGCACAGUGGCGAAGGAUAUGGCGAAACUUACGGCUACGGCGGAAGCGGGGGAGGUGGCAGUGGAGGAGGAGGGAGUGGCGGAGGAGGCGAUGGCCAUUACCAUCACCACCACACACCCACCACCUAUUCGGAGAUCUCCAAGCACGUGCCCGUGCACGUGAUCGAGAAGGUGCCGCUGCCCAUUCCCCAUCCGGUGGCCGUGCAGGUGCCCAACGUGAUCCGGCUGCAGAUCCCCGAGCCGUACGCCGUCCACGUUCCCGUCCAGCAGGAGAUCCAAGUGCCGGUCUACAAAAUAGUGCCCGAGAUAACCGAAAGGAAGAUCCCCUACACCGUGGAAAAGCCAUACCCCGUGGAGGUGGAGAAACCAUAUCCCGUCGAGGUAAUCAAGCAGAUCAAGAUUCCGGUGCCGAAGCCCUACCCUGUUCCUAUUACCAUCUACAAGCACGUCCUGCAGAAGGAGCACGGCUGGUGAUGGCGGUAGUCGUUGGUUUUUAGUCUCUAAGUAUUAGGAUGCCAGCUCUAAAUCCCAGAGUAU